AAAAAAGAAAAAGAAAAAAGUGAAGUAUAAAAGUCGGUCAUAUGUGGCUUGUUGUAAUACAGCACCAUGUAGCAGAAGUUGAAUCUUACAAGGGUUUCCACUGCAUGCCGCUGGAUUUCCCCUGGUCCCCCGCCCCGUCCUCUAGAGGUGUGUGACAAACUCACGGAGCGAACUCUCUUGUCUUCCCGGUAACAAACCAUGAUCGCCGCUGAGGCUGCCAGAGAGUUCCAGGCCAAAGAGCACAGAUCCAAAGAGCAGCUGAAGAGAUGUUUAUCGUCGGCUUUGUCUGCAGACCUUAGCAGGUUGCUUCAGGAGGAGCUAGAAGCUGAUGUUUCCCUGUACGCUGGCUCAGGCUCACUCCGAGCACACAGAGCCGUACUGUUGGCCAGAGCUCCACAUGUCCUUCGUGGACAGACGGACAAAGAUCCCACCGCCAUUCGUCUGCCUGGCUAUGAGCUGGCCGGCCUGAAAGACUUCCUCAGGCAAGUGUACACAGCAGACCAGAGUAUGCGCUCAGGUGAAAUAAUCCCAGACGUGGAGGGCUUCGGGCCACCAAAAACUCUGUUUGUUCCGGACCCGGCAGACCUUCAUAGUUCCACUGACUCAGAUGCUGUUGUUCUUCAACCAGCCUCGGGCCUUGGAGCUGACUUGCUGGACCUGUACCAGAGGGGAGAGCAGUGUGACAUCACCAUCCAAGUAGCGGAGCAGGUCUUCUCCUGCCACAGGGCAAUCCUGUGUGCACGGUCUCAGUACUUCCGAGCCAUGCUGAGCGGGAGUUGGAUGGAGAGCUCCAGACAGUGCAUCACUCUGCAAGGCUUAGGGCCAGAUGAGAUGCAGAUCUUGCUCCAGUACAUGUAUGGUGCCAUCGUGGAUCUACCCUCUGGAGCCAGUGCCAGUCAGGUGGUGCUGGCAGCAGACAUGUUGGGUUUGGAGGGGCUGAAAGAUGUAGUGGAGAUGGUUCUGACCAGAGACUACUGCCGCUUCUUCCCCAAGCCAAUUGAUGGAGUACAGAGAACAGUUCUCGAGUGCCUGUCCCUCACACACGCCUUAGGCCUUCAGAACCUCCACAUGCUGUGUAAGAGGUGGGUUGCUGAACAUUUUGUGAAGACCUGGUGUGACAGAAACUUUUCCCUCUUGUCCCCUGAGCUCCACAGAGUCUGUCUAAGUGCUGUAACUGAAGCCAUGACUUUGCAGAAUGCAGUAACCAUGCUCUGUGGUACUGAGCAGUUGAUUGGCAGUCUCCCAGAAGUUAAGUGGGCUCAACAGGUGAGGAGUCUAGCGACAGAGUUACAGGAGGAGAGCCUGCGUGUCAUUAUCCAGCACUUUCCCAGAGUCACCCGAACUCAAGCCUUCCAGGACCUUCGCAGGAGGGAAGAGUUUACCCGAGAACCCACUUUGUUGAAGAAGCUGUGUUCAGCCAUCAGGGAAGGUGUGACUGUGGACAACUGCUGUGAUCUUUUUGCUGCUGUGAACUAUCUGUGUGGAGAUGACAUGGAGGACUUUCUCCUGGAGCAGAGAGCGCAAAAACAAGAGGAGCCAUUCAGGCAAGAGAUUUGUACGCUACGUGGUCGUCUGUGGACCUUCCUGCUUCAGACCUUUUACGCCGUCCGCCACACGCAGGGAUGGGAGACUCUGUCGUCCAAACACAGAGAGAGGGUCCUGGCAGAUGCUAUUGAUAAGGGGGACAAUAGAAGACUUGGUAAAAAGCCAGUAUUCACUAGCUCACAGCAAAGGGCUGUAAAAUGCCCUUCAUCUUCACCUGAGAGUCCUCCUGUGCAAAGGACCCAGAGGGUGUCUGAAUACAAAACUUCUUCCUGCCGUAGUGCUACAUCAGCCAUGAAGUCUGAUGGACUGGGUACAGCUAAUAAACCAGGAGAUGGUAACACAUCCAAGGCAAAGAAUGUAAAGAAGCCAGGAGAUCGGAGUGUAGCAGCAAAAGGAAAGACAGCAUCAGCUGGUACGCCAGUUGUCAAUGGCACAGGAACUGCAGGGGCCAGACGUGAUGUAGCCAGUGCCAAUGGGCCCAGAAGCUCUCAUGGGGCUAAAGAGCAAGAAAAGAAACCAAAUCCAGGUGCAAGGCCUAAAACCUCUCCCCCGAGCUGCACAUCUAUGAGCCAGACAGCUGCAGUGAAGGCUCAAAAGAGCUCGGCAGGAAAGGCCGACAGCACCGCUGGCACCACCCAAGCUCAACCCAUCGCCUCAUCCACAUCAGGCAGCACUUCGCCAGAGCAUUGCACAAGUAGCGCUCGCAACGACACCCACUCCAUUCCAGGUGCAAAGCCCAAACAUCAGGCUAAGGCAGUGAACAAAUCCCCACUUACAAAACCUCCUCAGAAAUCAGAUACAACAAAGACCAACAGUCCAACCAAUAAGUCAAGUGUGAGAGAGAGUGGAAAAGUCAAGACUGGUGCAGCUGAGAAAGCGUCUACUGCAGUGACAGCAGCAAAAACAGACACCAAGGGAAGAGGCACACAAGACCAUCAUGUCUCCAAGCAUGGAUCCUCCAUGAAAAAGCCAGCUUCACCCAGGAAAGAAGACAGCAAGGACGGGUUGAAAUCCUCAACGACACACAAAGCAAGCAGUGAAACCCCUAAAAAGAAGACCACCAAACCUGUUUCGGCUACUGGACCCGCACCUAAAUCCAGUGCUAAACCAGCAAAAGUCUCUUCGGCCCCCUCCAAACAAUCUUCAGUUGUAGCUGCCAAAUCUGGGACAAAGCCGAAAAGUACUACUGAACUAUCUACAGAGAAAGCUUCACCAAAAUCUGGAGGAGCUCCCAAAACCUCAGCUGUUGCUUCCUCUAAGAAAUCAGGAACUAAAGGAAAAGAGGCAGUUAAUGGCAAAAAUUCAGACUGUAAAACUGAGCUCGGACCAACUGAAAACACUGGUCAUGUUGCAGUGCAUAAAGAUAGUAUAGAGCUAGUGCCCUCUGACCAGCCUGCAGCCCACAGCACACAGUCAACAAGCCAGGCUGGAGGGGAAUUACUUAGCCUUCAACUAGACUCAAGCCCUAAGCAGAGUCUCCAGAAGACUGAAAUAGAGUCAGGAAACACUAAUGGUGGAGGAGAUGAGACCAGUGUUACACUUGCAGAUAACAUCCCUCAUGUUAAAUCAGCUGAUGCAAACUCUUGCAAACAGACUGAAGGGAGCAAAGUGAAACAGUCUCCGAGCGGUGUCAUCCCUGCUCACAUCAGCGGAGGGCAAGUUCACGAAGUCAGCAAUGAACUCCCCAUAGACACCCCCUGCAGCAUGGGAAGCACUCACACCCCCUUAGAGGACUCCUGGAGCGGCAUCCACCAUCAGGUCAGCCCAGAAUCUGAGACUGGCAGCACACACACCACUUCCUCUGACGACAUCAAGCCCCGCUCAGAGGACUACGACGCAGGAGGUUCGCAAGAUGACGACUGCUCCAAUGACCGAGGUGUUUCCAAGUGUGGCACAAUCCGCUGCCAUGACUUCUUGGGUCGCAGUAGUAGUGACACAAGCACCCCGGAAGAGUUAAAGAUGUACGAAAGUGGGGCUGGGUUGAGAGUGGAGGUGCGGCUGCGUGGGAGAGAGGCAGAGACUACCAGUGAGGAGGAGGGAGUAAGACAGCGCCCUCGUUCCUGGUUGCAAAGAGACGAGGUUCGUGUGGAGGAGGAGAACUCAGAGGUCGAGGCCACUGUGACUGUAAAAAGCAUCCCCGACCACCAGCUCUUCUCUUCUGAGGAGGAAGAGGACAACGAAGAGGGGACGGAAGAUGAGAGGUCGGAGGUUGAGGUGAUUCAAAGCCAGGCUCCGGCGCCACCAACUGAGCCCUCAGCACACUUUCAGGGGAUUGUUAAUCUAGCUUUCGAUGACGAUGGUGUAGACCAGGAGAAUGACCAGCCUGACUUCCAGUCGACUUCUAAUUUCCGUCGCUCAGUGUUACUCUCUGUUGAUGAGUGUGAGGAGUUGGGCUCAGAAGAGGGUGGUGUCCAAACUCCACCACAACGGCCCGAUGAUGCUGUGACUCCCUGUGACGUUUUCGAGUCUGACUCUACCGCUCUUCAAUCCAAUCAUGCCCCCUCCGGUGACCAACAGAACCACCUGCCGUGCCAUCUUGAAAAUGUAGGUAUGAAGCACAGAAAACACGACGUGGAACAGGAAGAAAAAUCCUCCGUAUUUCUUACAGAGAUCCAGGAGCCUGUGCAGAAGGAGAGUAAUCACAUCCAGGUGGACGGAAUGAAGUCCGGCGUCCCCACCAUGGACACUGACACCAGAGACCUCCCGCACCAGGAGCGCCCAUGCCACCUGGAUCUGCGGCACACUGAACAAUAUAACGGAGGGCUGCGCAAAAAUCACACCAAUCCCUCAGAAAGCAAGAAAGCUGAUUUACAUCUAGACUUAAAUGAGCCUCAGCUGACAGGGGACUCUCCUGUACAUGCUGCAAAAUCUCCAGCAGGGGACAAUGGUUGUGACAGAAUGGAUCAAACCUGCAAACAUGACCGCCGACCAUCCAAAGCCCUCUCUCCCAUUUACGAGAUGGAUGUGGGAGAAUCCUUUGAGCAAUGCUUGGACAAGGACAGGAAUGUUAAACUGCAAGCAGAGGAGGAAAAGCAAAGAGGGGACGAUGACAAAAGCAGUUACUUUGCAGAGCGGGACUGGAGCCUGCUCAGGCAGCUCCUCUCAGACCACGAGUCCAAUCUGGGCGUCAUAAACCCUGUGCCUGAGGAGCUCAACCUGGCCCAGUACCUGAUCAAGCAGACGCUGUCCCUGUCGCGUGACUGCCUGGACUCUCGGGCUUUCCUGUCCCCAGAGAAGGAGACCUUCAAGCGCUGGGCGGAGCUCAUCUCACCCAUGGAUGACUCCUCCACCAGCAUCACUGUGACUAGCUUCUCCCCAGAAGACGCUGCAUCUCCACAGGGGGAGUGGACCAUUGUGGAACUGGAAACACAUCACUGACUGCACAGAGGAGAGCCUGCUGGACAGUUGAUGCCCUCUUUGAACGUCUUUACAUCAACUUUGUCUUAAUUUAUCAGAAUUUACAGUCCUAUUCCGUCUCUCUCUUUAUGACAUGUCUUUCUUCUGGACUUUGCAGCAGCUUGUUUGCAUUCCCCAUCGUGUCCUCAGUGGACUGUUUAUUACAAAUGGGCUGUUAUGCAUGCUGAUAUUUUUGUAUGUUUGACUGUUUUAAUUGAUGUCGCUUCGAAAGCUCUAGAAAAGAAUGAGAGUAAAGCAAAAGAUCAUUUCUGUCUCACGACAGUCUUCUGAUUAUACGGCUGACUGAAGUUUCUUAAAGAAAAAUAAUAAUAUUGGCCCAAUGGUUUGCAUUUAGUGUCAUAUUGAAAAUAAA